UCAUCUGUGGCAAAGUAAUUCGGUACCCUCUUUUGUGGCGGUCAUCCUUGCAAAAACCAGUGCGGAAAAAACUGGCGUUGAAAAGUCCCCAUCUGAUACCGAAGAGGCCACGUUCGUAUUUAUUUCAUCCUCCCCUGCCGAAGAGAAAAAGCUCUCCGCCCAAAUAUGUUCCUUCUCGAAUGGAUUGGCGGUGUUCUAGGCUACUUGGGCCUGUGGAAGAAGAGUGGCAAGCUGCUCUUCCUUGGCCUGGACAAUGCGGGAAAGACCACAUUGCUGCACAUGCUCAAAGAUGACCGCAUGGCCCAGCAUGUGCCCACACUGCACCCAACCUCUGAAGAGCUGUCCAUAGGCAACAUGCGUUUCACCACUUUUGACUUGGGUGGCCAUCACCAAGCUCGUAGAGUCUGGAAAGACUACUUCCCUGCUGUGGAUGCCAUAGUUUUCCUCAUCGAUGCCCAUGACAGGGAGCGAUUCCCGGAGUCCAAAGCGGAACUGGACAGCCUGCUAACUGACGAGCAGUUGGCAAACUGCCCAGUGUUGAUUUUGGGCAACAAAAUUGAUAAACCAGGAGCAGCUAGUGAGGAUGAACUUCGCACCUACUUCUGUCUUUACUCGCAGACAACUGGGAAGGGCAAGGUCCCAAGGUCAGAAAUGACGGCACGCCCUUUGGAGAUGUUUAUGUGCAGUGUUCUCAAGAGGCAGGGCUAUGGCGAAGGUUUCCGCUGGCUGGCCCAGUACAUCUAGGCAUCGCAAGUCCGAAUGGGGAAUGAACCAGAAAGAAAAGCAAAUGUGUUGGUGGCACCUUGUGACUGAAAGAGUGUGUGGUGGACAACUGCUGUUGGAAGUAUACUUCCCCUCCUUCUCACCUGCGACCUUAGCCUCCUGGCACAUGUUGACCUCACCAUACCCUAUCAAAACAUGAAAAUUGGUGGGAUUUCUAGAAAACUUUUUAUAUAUAUAUAUAUAUAUAUAUAUAUAUAUAUAUAUAUAUAUAUAGGCUUCAUUCCAAACCUUAGCUUCAGUCCAAACACACUUACAUACGUCCUGUAUGUAACACACAUACAUGACUGAGAGACUUGAGGCAGGGUAAUCUUGCCAGGAAUUUUUUUUUCUUCGGUAAGGGAAAGGUAGGGAUAAUGCGGACAGUUUUAAACAUUGUUGCAAGACAAAGUGGGUGAUGGGCUCCUGUGAGUGAAAAUUGCGGUCAGACGCAGACAUGACUUAUCUUUAUUCAUGCUAAUAAUUUGUUAGAAAUGCCUAUCUUAAUGCAAGAACCUGCCCACCUCCGGGAAUCGAAUACAUAAUGUGUCUGUUUUCGUAUGCGGCAGUGUUGACAGUAACAUUUUAACCACUUCUUAAAGGAAUGUUGUGCUACUUUGGAAGAGUCCCUAUGACACAACGUAAUUCUCCAGAGGAUUUCUCAAGUUUUCCCCUUAAAACAAAAAUCAUGGAAAUUUUUCAGGUGUAACUUCAGAGGUCUCAAGUACUUUUAUUGUUACCGAGUGCUCUCAAGUAUGGUGGCCAAAGGUUUAUAUAAAACACCUUGAUUCAAAGUUGCUUUUCAGCAUUGCUGUCCUACUUAGAGCUCGGAGCUCUAGAGGUGAAACACGCUAAAGCAACGAUAUUGCCGUAAACAUUUUAGCAAGUUUUCUUGCUCACAUUUUUUUUCUGUUGAAGUGCUUGCCUUCCCCCAUUUUUUUUUACAGGACUGUAUACUGUGUACAUAAUUGCAGUCCCAAAAAUGUGAAAGCUGGACUUGCUAGAUAAAGAAAACCAUUGCCAAUGCUACAUAUUGUCUGUCUUGUCAUUCACUGGUUGUCGAAUUUUGAAGAAUGCACAUAAUGCACCCAUCCAAUCCACCAGUGUAGCUUAAUGGCUACAAUGUUUCACUGCACAAGGGCGCUGGUUGGCUCACCGGGUAUACCAGUUGCAUUUCAGUGGACACCUAUUGCAACACUCUGUGCAUUUAGGUUCAUGCUAAACAAUAAAUGAAUGCCGAUAUUUCAGUUUAUACCAUGCCUAGUAAUCAAAUUGUGGCUUGAACUCAAGAAUUUACUCGCACAUUGGUUAUUGUAUUGCUGGGCUAGGCUCAAUGUUGCUUGCUUGAUAGUGAAUGCAGAAGUAGUGUUGUGAUAGCGGCAAAAUUUGAAUAACUUUUGUAUUUGCAUUAUGGUGUUCGUUUAAAAACCUCGGCGUCAAAAUUGAACCAGUCAGUCCCCGCUGUGGCAUACCUGGUAUUUAUAGGAACACUGAAGAGCACAAUGUUUUUUUGCUUAAUAAAGUGCAGUUUCCUGAUCCCAAAAA